CACCAUGAGACGGCUGCUGCAUCGGCCCGAGCCUUGCCCCAGCCAGGAGCACAGCUGGAUCCCCUCCCGCUGCGUUCAUGGACGUCCGAGCCGCCCGGAGAGCCGGCAGCGGGAAAAGCGAGCCCAGAUCUGCGUCAGACCUGAAUGUAGCCCUGGAUGAAUGUAUGAUGGCUGUGGAUUUAUUUCUAAGCAACAAAUUUCCUGAGGCCCUUGCUUCCCUGCAAGCGAAAACUAAGGACAGUAUGUAUCACGCACUGACAUAUGCCACCAUACUGGAAAUGCAAGCCAUGAUGACUUUUGAUGCCCAGGACAUGCUGAAUGCAGGAAACACAAUGAAAGAAGCUCAAGCCACCUGUCAAAAGUUUAGGAAGAAAUCGACUGUAGCUGAUUCCUUUAACAGCCUUGUGCAUAGACAAAAUCUCGAACACUUUACUGAAGAGGAAAUUCAUGCAGAAAUUUGCUAUGCUGAAUGCUUGCUUCAGAGAGCGGCUCUCACAUUCCUGCAGGAUGAGAACAUGGUUAGCUUUAUCAAAGGAGGCAUCAAAGUCAGGAACAGUUAUCAGACAUAUAGGGAACUGGACAGUCUUAUACAGUCUCCAAACUAUGUUAAAGGAAAGAACUAUCUCCACUUUGAAGGAGGCGUAAAGCUUGGUGUUGGAGCUUUCAACCUGACAUUGUCCAUGUUCCCAACACGGAUUCUACGAUUACUGGAGUUUGUUGGGUUUUCUGGAAGCAAGGAGUAUGGUCUGUUGCAGCUUCAAGAGGGAGCAUUGAUGUACAGCUUUAGGUCGGUGCUGUGUACCAUGCUGCUGCUGUGCUAUCAUACCUUCAUGACCUUUGUGUUAGGGACAGGGAAAGGAAACGUUGAAGAGGCAGAAAGGCUACUCAAGCCUUACUUGGCUCGCUAUCCAAAAGGAGCCAUAUUCCUGUUUUUUGCGGGCAGGAUAGAAACAAUAAAAGGCAAUAUUGAUACAGUUACCUAUAUUUACAUGAAAGCUGCCUAUCUCAGUAUGUUUGGACCAGAUGAUCACGGACCCUUUGGGGAUAAUGAAGUGGAACUGUUUAGGACUGUGCCUAGUUUGAAACUGAAAAUUGCAGGGAAGUCACUGCCUACAGAGAAGUUUGCCAUUCGGAAAUCUCGGAGAUACCUUCCCUCAAACCCGGUUCCUUUGCCUGUGCCUGCGUUGGAAAUGAUGUAUAUCUGGAAUGGCUAUGCUGUGAUUGGAAAAUGUCCUGAUUUAACAGAAGGCAUGUUGCAGACAUUAACUGAGGCAGAAGCAGCUCUGGAAAGAAGCCCAGCUACAGAAUUACUAGCAGAUGACCAAUGUUUGAUAAAGCUGUUAAAGGGUUUAUGUCUGAAGCACUUGGGCAAGAUUUCUGAGGCAGAAGAUCAUUUCAUUUACAUCCAUUUAAAUGAGAGGAAGAUAAAGUAUGACCAUUAUUUAAUUCCAAAUGCCCUGCUUGAACUUGCUCUACUAUACAUGGACCAUGGUAGAAGAGAAGAAGGAGUAAAGUUACUGGAAAGAGCAAAACAAAAUUACAAGAAUUACUCCAUGGAAACAAGAACACAUUUCAGAAUUCAAGCUGCCUUGCACCAAGCCAAAUCGGUCUCAGAAAAUGGAGUACAUUCUGGAGCUUCAACAGUGUCAUAACCUUUUCUUCUUUGAUGUCUGUGUGCAAACUUUGAAACAUUAUCGCCCUUCUCUGUUAAAUCAGUGGGAGAGACCAGAACAUGUGAUACCUAAAAGAUUUUGAAUCUGUGGUGACAGUCUGGCAAAAAACAAAACAACCUCCCCACUCCCACCCCCCACACCUUUACAAAAGAUUUCUUUUUCCAAACGUGGCUUGUAAUAUCUUUGUAAUUAAUUUUUAAUUUAUGUAUAUAUUACAUUUACUUAUUUGCUAGGAUAUGAACUGGGACAACUAAACAAGAAGGCUUAUUGGUUUUGAUCUGACUUGGUUAUGAAUGUAAAUUUGAAUUUAUAUUGAUGUUAUUGCGAAAAAGAAACACUUUUCCCGAUCCCUGAGUUGUUUACCUGUUUAGUUUGGUGAGAGAAAAUUCAGUCUUUCAGAUUAAGUCAGAAGCUUUUGAAUCUCAGGCAUUUUGUUAUUCAUACAAAGAUCUUCUUAUCAGGUUUUCUCUUCAGUAAUUUUCUAGCUGCUAAAACAAACUUGCUAGUAAAGACCUUAAGAAGUUUCAAUUAUGCAAAUGUGAUUUUUUUUUUCUUUUCAAUUUCAGUCUGUUCUAUCAUUUUUUGUAGGCUGGAUAAUUUACAGUAUAGCCAGGAUUUUAGAAAAAAGCAAGUGAAGAAUACAGUGGAAGAGUGGAUCAUUUAUCCUCCUUAGGCUAAAUUAAAAAUGACCAGGGGGCCUUGGGAACCAAACCCAUCAGCGUUUACCAGAACAAACAUGACUUGAAGUUUAAGAAAUGCACUACUAACUAUCAGGGCCGGUGCUACCAUUUAGCGCCAAAAAGCGGCGCCCCCAAUUUGUUU